UGGACUCACUAACCUUUGCAAAAUCGCAGCAGCAAUAACAAGAAGACAACUGCAUGAGUGGGUGUCUUUCUAAAUAAUAACAACUUCAACUUACAAAAUGCUGCGCCAUGAUUAGAAACCUUCCAGAUCCUCUCAAAUUAGGUACCCAGUCUUAGGAGUAACCAUGACUGAACCAAUUGAGCUCACUCUCCGUAACGACUUACGUCUCGAACCUAAACCGCACAACGGUCUUCUCACUUAUAAUCCGGCCAUCGAACUCUUCGCCGGUGCGGCUGGGUCGAAAACGCUCCAGAUAUGGCGGUCAAAUGGCCAAGCUGUUACUAAAAGUAGUCAACGUGGCGAGAGAGACACUGUCGAGGCUCUCCGCUGGAAAGCAGAUGGACAAUUUCUAGCGGUAGGGUGGAGUGAUGGAGUAGUAAGGUUGAUGGGAUUGGAGACGAACAAGGCUGUCCACCAGAUGCCAGUAUGCGAGGCGGGCAAGUCUCGAAUCACCUGCAUCGGCUGGGCUCGUAACAACGCAGGGAAGCGUCAGAACUCAGCCUCCGAAUCUUCUACGGUAUCCUGGGAGGAUAUAAUACCUCGCGAUCUUUUCCCAAGCAGCAGGAAGACCGCCGUAGACCUUCCUCGGGAACUUACAUUUCUCGAAGUCGAGACCGCUCUACCAAAGCUCAGCCCCUUACCCGCAUCGGGAGGUUCAGGGGAUGACUCCUUCGUAUUCACCACAAGGGCAUCGCUGGAGUUCCUAUUCCAACCCUUCGCUCCUCGUGACAGCGAUAACGUCGAUGUCAUGAUUGUUGGCACCGACGAUGGGCAAAUCCACGUCAGCAUAUAUAAUUCCUUCGUCAUUGGCACGUUUAAGUACGCUCUACCGCAGCCUCUUGGGAAGAAUGUCACCCUGCAGUUAUGCCAUCACGCCUCUCAUCCUGACUCGUCGACACAUAUGCUCGUGUUCAAGCCGUCUGGGGAGGCUAAGACGACAACCACUUAUCUCGUACCCAUAGACCUAACUUUCGUUCACUCGUCACCCGAGAAUUUGUCUUUGCUGGCCUCAAAAACCACGACGCUACAAAAGCUGCUAAGGUAUGUGAAACAAGUGCAGAUACAUAUGAUACACGAAUGGCAGUCAACCCGAGAGCUUCCAACUCGAUUUUUAAACAGCAUAAACGAGACGCUACGUGAAUCUGGCAACUACGGCGACAUGGGCAUCGGACAGGCCUUAUACCAUACUGUGGUGACGGGCCAUACAUUCCCAGAAGUCCGGGAAUGGCUGGUCGACCAGUUGGCGGAGCGGGGCCAUAAACGGUGGGAUAAGGCUGUUUUGUCGGGUCUCCACGCGCUUCGCAGCCUAGUGCAUGAGAACUUCCUUCCAGCGCUCGAGCGCGUCGGUAUUAUCCUCAGCCGUUUACUCGGCAUCGCGCGCUUCCACGAGUCAAAGGAGGAGCCCGGAUUCACCAGCGCGCAGAUUACUAGAGUAAUGGAUAUUGUAUCCUGUCUGAUGCUAGUAGGAAACAAGAUUCUACUCAUCGUCAUGGAGGAGCUGGAACUGUUCCAGUCGUUUUCAAUCUGGCUCCGGCACGAGAUCGACAGACUAGCAGCUCCUUCGGCGGUAGAAGAGCUUUCCGAGAAAGAGGCAACAAUGGAGCACGGAAAAGUUCUUGCCUAUAUCCAACAGUAUAUGGCCGCGAGCCCCUUACGGUACCAUCUCAGCAACGUCCCAGGCGAAAGUUCAGAUAGAAGUCGCCGACAAGCUGAAGGUGGAAGCUCUCUAUUAGAACUCCUUAGUAAACAGCUAAAUAAACUAGACACUAAGCAACCCGACGACGAUGCGUUCGCCCAGGUCGAAUUCCUGUGCGGCUAUUUGGAUAGUAAGGCCAGUGCUAUCUUUGAAGGCAUCGCUGAGGCGGAAAAGCGAAGCGUGCGGUUCGGCCAACCAACUGCUAUCGAACUGGACAGUAGCAUUGUGAAAUUUGAUGUUAUAAUGUCUGCUGUAUCUAAUGCGGAUACGUCUCAGACACCAACAUACACAGCUCUAGUUACGGAAAGCGACGAGCGCAGCGUGUACAUAUUCCGAACGACCACGAGCGUGUUGAAUGGGAUCAGCGGUUCUGUCACGACCGAGGUCUCAUGUAUGGUCCUUGGCGAAGGGAAGGUUCUCGACCUCAAAUUUUUAUACGACGAUAGUCUUCUCGUCCUGUGGGCGCAAAGAGGCCAACCAGUACGGAUUAUCAGAAUACCACAUAAGUCUGACGACUUAGGGUAUCGGCCGUAUUCCUCAGGAGACAAGGUAAUGCCACACGUCCUCAGCAACGACCAAAUUACCAGCGCAUUUAUGAACUUGGUGGUACCCUGCGAGCCGAAUUUCAUACCGGCCCAGAUGGAAAUUAGGGAAGCUAGUUCUGAGCGCGGCAAGGUACCCAUCAGGGUCUGUCUGCUUGGGAACGAUAUGCAGACAUAUAAAGUAUUUUCCUUGCCAGAGGACUCAUUCAAACAGUUGACGAGAUAGUUGUACGGCGAUGGAGUAUCGGACUGGUAGUAUAUAUCUACCUUACAGACUAAUGAUGACCUAUGAUAUCCAAUGAGAAAUAGGAGAUACUAAUUGUUGUUCGAUUGGAUUCCCGAAUGACUACCUCUUAUUCGCUCACUUCUAAAGUCUCCAAUAUAUCGUCGGUAUAACUAGAUGACACCGAUUUCAAUCCAUAUUUGCCGCAUACGUAAGAACUCUUAGCCAGAUAAGGCCCUUUUUCUAUCUAGGGAAA